AUGACUCAGACCAGCAGGUCCGGCACGGUUGUGGUCUACGAAAUCGGCUUCUUCUGCGUGUUGUUCGCUUCCGUCACUUCCGGUUCGUUGGUCGGUAGAGGAAGAGGACUGAUUCAGAAUGCACUAAACAUGGGCGUCAGAAACAGUAAUAACACCGGCCGCAGCGACUGCGUGUACAGGAGAGAUGCAGACGACACGUGUCCCGGAGAGGAUAUACUUUUUCAUUAUUACACGCUCAGGAACACCGGAGGAAGAGGAGAAGGAGGAGACGGGUAUUCGAAACUGCAGAAGCAACAAAUCGGAUUCACGUCACCCGCUUGGCUGCACUCGAGCGGAUGGGAUCGUUCGCUGCACACGGUGUUAAUUGUGCACGGGUACGGUGGAGCUUCGCAAGACUACUUGCCCGGGGCAGUGCUUAGAGACGCGUACUUGAACAAUGGAAAAGUACACGUGUUCAUGGUGGACUGGGGCAAACUUUCGGCCAUCCCUUGUUAUGCAGCCUCCGUUCACAAUCUUAAGCCCGUGGCCAGCUUGGGUGCACACCUGUGUGGAAUUAUGGCCAAUUACUUGCCGUUCAGAAUGCACCGCAUUAUAGGCGUGGAUCCGGCAAAACCAUUGAUCCGCAACCGGGCAUCCAGCCGAUUGGAUUCCGGGGACGCGGACGUCGUGCAGAUCAUACACGCCACGUCCAAGUACGGUGAUCUGAAGCGUAUGGGACACGUGGAUUUCUGUCUGAACGGGGGACACGUGCAGCCGUUCUGUUCGAACUCUUCCGACACCGAACUGUGCGGUCACACGAGGAGCGUCUGUUACCUGGCAGAAAGUUUGGACCAGGAAGCCGCCCGAAAAGCGGUACCGUGCACCAGGAGAUGUUUGCAGGGCGGAGAAGGAGGUUCAAGCUAUUCGGUCGUCAAUUCUUUCGGCCAAACGCCGUACGUCGUCCUGGGCCAACACACACCUGACGAGGUGAACGGCGUGUACUGCGUGUCCAACUUGGACGCGCCUUACUGUUCUAAGACCAGCGUCAAGGGUAGUCCGUACUGCUGUCCGCCGGCGUCACAGCCGAACAGCGACAGCGUAGAUCACUCGAUGAGGCUGCCCGAAGAUGAGGACUACAACAGCAGCAACAUCAACGGCAAUAACCACAACAGAAACAACUGA